GCGAGAGAAAGUAGCAGCAUCUGCUGAGAUCCUCAUGGAAGAGGAAGCGGACAGCGGAGUUUCGCUUGUUGCAAACACUCCGGGUGGAUUAAAACAAGGCUGCUGUAAAGGUGGAACCUCGCCGUGAAACUGAACAUUAUAUUCUCUACCAUCCAAAAAGCAUAAGGAAGUACAAACAUGCAUUCCAUUUCUUUGAUGAAGGCACAGACUGGUCAGGCCGGACCACACCCUCAACCCUCACAAGUUGCUGCUCAUCUGUCCCAAGGUUCAUCAGGAGCUUACCCUGCAAACACCACGCAACAGUAUAUGACAGGAAACUCUGGAUUCCAACUGUCACAGAAUGCUAAUUUGGCCUCAAAGAAUGGAGCAAAUGCUAGUGCACAGAUGGCAAACUGGAAGAACUCUGAUACUUAUCAUAUGGCUUCACAUUAUAAGGAUCAAUGCCUGCUCAAAUUGCUCCAGCCGCAGUAUUCAUCAAUCCAUUUGCAAAAUGAAAACCUUCCUGGAUCGACCACCUGCGCAUCGAAGUCAGCACCGAUGCAAAAUUCUCAUCAGUAUCUAGCAAACCAGGGUCUGCAUAGCGGUGCCGUCACAAACUCUACCUACACAAACUCUUACGGCAAACAAAACACGUUGGUGCUCUGCAAACAGCUGGUUUCCUUUAAUGGGGCUCAGACAAACUGGAAUACAGAUGCUUUACAUCUUCAGCAGAGCAGGGCCCAGCAGGCCAUGCAACCAACGGCAAAUCCAGGCAUGACCAGAACUAUUCCAUCAUAUAAUCCUGCUCCUUCACUUCCUCGUGAGCAGUUGGUCAACACACUAUCUGCAGCUGUUUGUAUUGGUCAGACUCAGGCAGCUCCUACCCAGAAUUACAGACAAAGUUUCUCUCAGUGUGGAUACUCUCAGAACGUCCCCCAAAGCUAUGGAAUGGCAACAUCUCAGUCAUCUAGAAACAACAGUGUUGCUACUCAUGGCACAUUUUCAAAUCCACAAGUUAAAUAUGCUUCUAACAUAGACCAAGUUAAUCAGCAUCCUUCAGCUCAAUGCAACCCUUCCUAUAACAAGUUUGGGGAUUCCAGGAACAUUCAAUCAUUGAACCAGUAUGUAAAUAACCGUUUUCGUUUAAAAAAAGCUCAGCAUCCUUUAAACCAUGAGGCUGCAUCUGGGAAAAUGGUACGGCAAAAUAUGCAUCCAGAAAGUACAAGUCAAGCAAGCAACCCCAAUCGCCCUCCUCCUUAUGAAAGCCACCAGUAUAGUAUGUCCAGAAUGUCUAAUCCAAACAUACAAGCUGCUAACAUACUUCGCUCUGAAAGUUACAGCUUGAAUGCUAGCCAGUCUUUACUACCCCAUUAUGGACAGCAUUUUACUCAAGGGGCUAUGUCAAGGGCACAGCAAGCUGUAAAUGCACCAUUUCAAGAAAACAUGUUACCAAAUGACUUAAGCAUUACCACAGCAGUGAAUAGGGAUGGAAGGGGACAGGUUGUUCCCAGUAAUGAAACUUUGUCCGAAAGAUGUCCAGUUAAAUCACAAAGUAAUGUGGCACAAGGAUGUGAGAGAGUGUUGUCACAGAGAAAUGACACUCAAGCCAUUGCAGUCAGCCAUUUAAAUAGUAAUGGAAUGCCUUCACCAUUCAAGCAAAAUGACAGUGUUUCAUCCAUGUCUGGUCACACAGGCAUAAGAGCUAUUGCAGUUGUGCCCCCAUUGUCGCAAGAAGAGUGUCACUCCCCUGUCAGCUCUGAACCUUGUAAAUCUGUCAACGAUGCAGAAGAAAUUUUACUUGAUGAGGUUAUAGACAGUGACAAUACAUGUUCAAGAGAGGAAUCUAAUCAGAGUCAAAUGAAUACUGAAAAAAACACAUCCAUUGAUGAAACUAUUUCGGACUUGGAGCCUGAAAACUUGGCUCAAACAUCAAAGUUGGAUACUCAUACAUCAGUUGUUAAAAGCGUACAAGAAGUCCCAGGAAGUCAAACCGAUUCUGUUAAACAAACUGAAGAGGCUGCCUCUCAAUCACCACCUUUUAAUGAGCUUUCUCUGGUCCCAACAAAAUCUUGGACCACUGAAGCGCUGACCAAAUUUGUAUUGGAGAUGGAGAAAGCUCAACCCAAGCCAAAAGACACAUCAAAGCAUUCAAGUACUAUCAAAAUACUAAUAACAUUGUGGAGUAAAAACAUUGCAGCACUGAUUCAGGGCUAUAACGACUCUUUACAAACGGAUUUUCUUUCUGAUGUAGAAAACUUCUGCAACACACACAUCAAGGAGGGCACUGUUGUACUGACACAAGUUAGUCCCGACUUUAAGGACCAACUCAAGCGGUACAAUAUCAUUAAAGAUGGUGAGGUCUACUCAGAGCCUCCUUAUAAAUCUCUAUGGUUGAAUGUCAAUGAUCAGCUCGAUGAUAUAGAUAAAGAGUUUGGCUUCCCCUUUGCUUUGAAGCGGCAUCUUUUUGUGGACAUAACUGAAAGCCAGGGACACGACUUUCAGACUUUUGAAAAUGUUCCUGCGAAUGAGGCAGUAAACAAAGUCCUGUCUCCAACUGAAUCAGUUAAAAUGAUUCAAGAAAACGCAACCCCUCUGAACCCACCUUCUUCCCAACAUGAGUCACCAGGGAAAAGUUCCUGCGACUCGAAGUACUCGUUUAAAAUCAAGGUUUUACCUCCAGAGGAAGCAAAAGUCAUCUAUGAGCAAAUGCAGCAUAAGCAAUAUAGCAAUGAUUGUGAGAAAGAGACUGUUGUGAGUGACUCUGGGAAGCAAGAUGUAGAUAUAGAUUCAACGUUAAAUAAACCCAAAGUGAAGAAGUCUUCAGUCGAUCAGCUGGAAGAGAUUUGCUGCCUUGUAAGGUUUAUAGAAAUGAAUUCAGGAUUAGGCAAACCUUCUUCCCAUUGCCAAUGCAAAGUCAAACAAAAUGCAAAUAAAGACACCAUAGAGACACUUAAGCCACACCCUGACCAUCUUCCAGUUGACCAGGAGGAUGUUAAUGAUCAAACAGUCAAUCCAAGUGAUGAUAAAUGUAACAUUAACGUUAAUCAGAUCAUUGAUUUGACUGAUGAUGGCGACGACCAACUAUUUUCGUAUUUUGAUAAAGAGUCCGAGCCCACUCUACAGAUGACUACAUGUAACCAGUCUAAUACCUUCGGGAUAAGUGACCAUAUGGAGGAAGAUUCUUCUCCUAUAUUAUCCUCUACUAAAGAGAUGCAUCAUCUUGUCAUCAAGAAGAGAGAAUCUGAGUGGGAGCAUGUACAAGAGGAGCCGUUAUCAAUAGAAACAGGAGCACAGGAGAUGCUGCAGUCGAGCGAUUCAGCGUGUUCUGCCCAGCUAACAAAAUGUGAUCCUUCCAACAGCACGCUAACGAAAGAGCCAAUUUUGCUGUCCAACCAGGAAGAAAACUGUAAUCAAACUCUUGUGACAUCUCGUGACCAGGCUGAGUCGCCUUCAGAAAACAAAAUCCAAGUUAGUAACCCUAUUAAUCAGACAUAUUUAAGCCUCCAUGGUAAUCAAAGAAGAAAUGGGAUGAAAAAAAGGAGACAAAGCAAUUUGGACCAUUAUUUCCCAUCCCUAAAGAAACCUAAGAAAAGCAGACCACCACGUGCCUCAGACCCAGAUCACACCUCUGAACCCCUUCAUUCAGCCUCUGAAGAUAAAACUGUAGAAUUAGCAUUGUUUGGAGCUGGGCAACAAGAAUCAAGUUCUACAACUGAAAAAGGAAAGUGUUUGGAUUCUUCUCAUAUAGGUAUGUCUUAUGAAAAACACAGACCUCCUGGAGUUUUGUCUGUGAAAUUGGCCUCUUCAGGAAGGGACAUCUCUACAGCCGAUCCCACAAAGGACUACUCAGUGAAACAGUUGGUCUAUGAAAAAUGGAGGAGAAGCAUUCCAACAAUGAUUGGUUCAGUUCCUUUUCGGCACAAAAGAAAACUGAGAAGACAAACCAGUUUACCCAUUUUAAUGUCUUCUGGGAGCACACAGGAGAAGAAGCAGACAAUGUCCCCUGAGCUGCGACACUCCAUAAGUAGACAGUACACCCCGAAUAUUAAGAAGAAUAGGGCCCUCUAUGAACACCAUAGAUGCAAAGAGACACUGAAGAGGAGUUACAGUGUCUCCAUUGAGCAACCUGAACAUUUGCAGGAAGGUGCGGCGCAAAAUGAAACCAGUGAUGGAAAGCAGGUCCAUGACGGUAUUGUCUUGAAGUUCAGCAUCCUGCCAAAUACCUUCAACUUCACGGACGGGUCUUCUGGAAUGAAGGAGGCAGCUGAACCUGUAUCAGACAAGUUGGAACCAAUAAAAAAACAGAAAUUUUCUGACAAAGCUGCAGUAAAGCAAAAAGGAACUUGGUAUCCAAGUGAAGCAAAGCUGUAUGAGCCUCUACAUGCCUCCAAGAAUGCCGGCCUCUUCCACGAGUAUCAAAAGAAAUACAAGGAGAAGACUGGCACAUUAUCGGUUGAAUGAUCUGUUCUUCAUUUGACCUCUGUAUGCUUAAUAUUGUUACUAACAUUGUGUUUGUACUGUAUAUUCAGGGAGUAAAUUUUUUAUUUUACAUUCCUGUGAGAGGAGUUCUUUAAAAAGCUCAAACUUUCAAACUGACUGUUACAUUUAUAUGCUGCGUAUUUAUACUGCAUACGGCGCACAGGUCCAAUAUUUUGCAAUAUUUGUUUUUCUUUUUUAC